AUGGGAGAUCCCGCGAGGGACAGUGAGACAGAUCGGCCGAGUGCUAGCAAGGCGCCGGCAAUAGACUCAGAGCCUACAGAGCCUACAGAAGCCAAGGUUGCAGAGCCUCGAAAACCAGUCACAGAGGAUGCUCCUAAUAUCGAGGAACAGGACCCUCCGCUCGAAGCCACGGACAGCGAAGACGUCUACGACGACGACGACGAUAUGGAAGACACGGACGAGUACUCUGCGGCGUCGGUGACCGUGAGGAGCAGCAUAUGGGAGCACGAGUUUGAGGGCGGGCGAAGGUAUCACCACUACCGACACGGCCGCUAUCCUUUACCAAACGACGAUGAAGAGCAGGAACGAGAGUAUAUGAAACACGUGCUGCACAUGGAGCAGACGGGAGGCAGGCUAUUCAAUGCGCCCAUUGCGCCGAAUCCGCAGAAAAUAUUGGACCUUUGCACAGGAACAGGGCUGUGGCCAGUGGCAGUCGCCAAAAUGUUCCCCAGCGCAGAAAUCGUCGGCCUCGAUCUCAGUCCUAUUCAGCCAUUCAUGGUCCCGCCCAACGUGCGCUUCCUAGUCGACGAUAUCGAAGACGAGUGGAUGGAUCGCGGCGGCUACGACUUUAUCAACUUGCGCCAUUCCUGCAUGUACCUGCAAGACAUGGACAAGCUGAUCAACAACUGCUAUUCUCACCUAAAAGAGGGCGGGUGGCUCGAGAUCACAGACUAUUGCACUUUUAUCAGAUGCGACGACGGCACGAUGCCUCCAGGCCAUCCGGUGGCGCAAGUCGCCCGCAUGAUGCACCAGUGUCUGUUGAACUACGGCAUGAACGGAUACACUAUCAACGAGCUGGAACAAAAGUACAAGAAUGCCGGCUUCAAAAACAUCCAAUGCCGGGUUAUCAAAACGCCAAUCGGCCCUUGGCCCAGGGAUCCCAAGCAGCGAGAAGUCGGAAUUCUCUUCCGCGACAUCAUCCACGAGCUCAUCCGCGCUCUCGCCGCCAAACCCCUGAAAACUCUAGACUGGAGCGAAACCGAGAUGGAAGUGUUUCUCGCCGGAGCACGAAGGGCCCUCUGGGAUAAAAAGGUACAUUGUUAUACCAACUUUAUAUCCUGGUGGGCUCAGAAGUGA